CGCUGCUCCCCACCCCACCCCCAGUGGUGGUGGUGGCGGCGGCGGCUGCCAGGCCUCGAAGCCUCCGGUUCGGCGCUGGGCGGCUCUUCUGCUUUCUGGACCCCCUCGGAAACCCCUCUCCAAGUGGGCGCCAGCCUGGUCCCCGCUGAGGACGCCGCCUGAGGCCCGCCGGCCGCCUCGGCCAAGCACCUUCGCCGCGCGCCUUUUUUUUCUUUCGCCCAGCCCUCGCGUGGGCACCCCGUCCCGCUCGGAGACGCCGGGCUCCUCGCUCCCGUUCCCACCACCGUGCCACCCACCUUUCUCCGCCUCUGGCUUCCUGGAAGGGCCGCGGAGUCCCAGCCGGAAAGCCGAGGGAGGUUUGGGGGAGAGUCGGGCCGAGCCGGGCCGGCGCGUCUCGCCUUGGCACUGCGCGUAAAUGGAGUUGCGCGCCGGCGAGGCGGAGACGACGGAGACGCGGCGUUGGGAGAGCCUGUCUAUGUGAAGGAUGAUACUUUUUCCUGCUUGAGGUGACCAGCUCUUCAUACUGAAUUGCAAAAGAAUGUGGAUUAAUCAAAUUCCGUGCUUUCUGUUGGCAGUAGCUCCUUUCUUUAUCCUGAACGACUUGGUCCACAGUCAGAAAACAGAGUCUUCAUACAAGGUUCAGAAUCUGACAUGUGUAACACACAUUUUUGAUGAAGUCAUCUGUACCUGGAGUGCAACCUCUGAGGCUUACUUCAAUUAUAAAUUCUGCUAUGAUACGAGCUCUAUCACCAGCCCCAGUUGUUUGGUAACAGAGGAGAAACGUCAAACACUUCCACUGAUUUUGUUUGACUCUCUUUGCAUAGAAAUAUUCACUUUGAAUUCAGCUGGAGAACAUGUAGCUAAAAAUACGUUCCUACUAACAGAGAAAAAUAUUACACUUGUUCCUCCCUCUCCACAUAUUGAAAGGCUGACUCCUGACUAUAUAUCUGACACAUUUGAAUUGGAGUGGUAUGAUGGCGGUUCAGCUUUUCCAUAUGAAAUGGAUGCCACUUGGGAAAUUCAGAUCUUGUAUAAAGACCCCAUGGAAGAAGUAGAUCGGGUGACAUAUAAUUCAAGAUUAAAUGGCAGUAACACUCUCCUCUACUGGAAAUGGACAUCAGCCCUGCCUUUUGAUUGCACCACACACUAUGUUAGAAUCCGCUGUUUCCUUCACGACGAUGCGUUUGUUGGGAAGAAGACGUGGAGUCAGUGGAGCGAAUUUGUGAAUAUUCCUGGAAAAGAUAGUGGCUUCCUUGGCGGCAUGUAUCCUAUAGACAGAAUUGUGCACGUGGGUUCCACUGUAACCUUCUGCUGCGUAUGGAAGAAAGGAGAGAAAAUUGACGUUCUGAAUUUUUCUCAGUGUUCUACUCAUCGUUGUUCGAUUGCCUCUCUCUCCACCAAAAGCAUGACGAUUCAAGUCCAAAAUGUCUCCGCUUCAUCAUCGAGUGGAUCUAACGCUUGGUGUUACGAAGAACCCAUGGGAAGCUCAGAUACUUAUGGAACUGUUCUGUUUGUCGGCUAUCCCCCUGAUGUACCACAGAAUGUAAACUGUGAAACAAGAGAUUUUAGGACAAUAACAUGCACAUGGGAGCAAGGAAGGUCCACUGAACUGUAUGGCCAACGAAGAACAAAAUACACUUUAUUGGAAAGAAUAUCUGGGAAGAAUGUUACAUACACAGGCAAAGGUAAACUUUACCAGUGUCAUUUCCCAAUUCUCAGCAAUCAGAGGAUUUAUAACUUCACAGUCCAUGCUUCGAAUGAUCUUGGUCAGUCAGAAGCCUCUUUGUCAAUUGAUAUAAAACACAGAGUUCAUCCACAGCCACCUGAGAAAUUAACUGUGAGUGACAAUAGCCCAACCAACAUCAGCCUGUCUUGGUAUCUGCCUGGCAACUUCACAGAAAUCAAACUUAAAUGUCAGAUUCAUGUUGUCCGUAGUCCCUCUGCAGAAGAACUGAAUUUGCAUCUUGAUGGCACAGAAACCAGCCCUGAGACAAACAAGUUGCAUCUCAAUACAACUUUCCCUCUGGAUGGUGCAGAAAACUCUUAUUACACAGUCUUGGUGAACAAUCUGCAUCCUUAUACAUCAUAUACAUUCCAAGUUCGCUGUUCAGCUGCUGAACCCUUCUUCUGGAAAUGGAGCAGCUGGAACCAGGGAAAGCAGCACAGAACUCAGGAAGCCCCUCCUGCAGGUCAGCUGGAUAUCUGGCGAGAGAGGAUUAAUCAUGGAAACACUAUAAUCAUCCUUUGGAAGUCACUACCCAUUAUGGAAAGAAAUGGAAAGAUAGAAGCUUAUGAAGUGUCCUGGUCCCUGUCAAAGAUGGAUAUGGAAAAGCAGGUGGUUCCUGAACCCAACAUGCACACAUCAAUAGACCUUGGGGGCAGAGAUUGCAUGCUUAGCGUGGUGGCAACAAAUAAGGCUGGGAGCUCUCCUCCUUCCCUGAUAAAUAGUGCAGAAAUUGCAGUUGAUGAUGUCCCAACAGAGAAUGCUGUUGCAACAGGAGAUGGUGUUUAUAUUACUUGGCAUUCUGACCGCAGUGUGACUUGUGGCUAUACACUGAGAUGGUGUUAUGGGCCAGAGCCCUGUCCGGUGGUCGACUGGAAGACGUUUCCUAUUGGUGUGACAAAUGCUGAAAUCAAAUCUGCUCGCUUUCAGCCGGGAGUCCGAUACCAGUUUUCUCUCUAUGGUUGUAAAGAUGAUGGAUAUCAGUUACUGAAGCAUAUAAAUGGUUACAUAAAAGAACUGGAGCCAAGAGUUGCGCCUGUUUUUAAUAUUGAACUUACCACUUCGGAUUCCAUCUUAAUAAAAUGGAAGGACAUACCUGUAGCAGAUACGCAGGGCUUUUUAAAAGGCUAUUUGCUUCGCUUUGGUAAAGGGGAGGAAGGCGCCGCGAAACCAAACAACUUUGAAUCGGGCCACCAAGAAAUUAACAUUACUGACUUGAACCGGAAAACAUUAAAAAUAUCAAAGCUUCAGGGAAAGACCAGCUACCACCUGAACUUAAGCGGCUACACAGCUGGGGGAACCGGGCCUGCCAGCAGUUUGCACGUGGUCACAAAGGAAAAUGCGGUAGGAUUAAUCAUUGCCAUCCUUAUCCCCGUGGCUAUUGUUGUCGUCUUGGCGGUGGUGACCAGCAUCCUUUGCUACAGGAAGAGAGAAUGGAUUAAAGAAACCUUCUAUCCUGAUAUUCCAAACCCUGAGAACUGUAAAGCUCUGGAUUUCCCUAAGGGUCCUGAGGGGAACCCUAAUUCUAAAACCUUGGAAAUGAACCCCUGUACACCCAAUAAUAUUGAAGUGGUUGAAACACAGCUCCCAUGCGUGAAGAUUGAGGAUACAGCCAUUGUAUCACCUGUGGCAGAAGAACUUCCUGAAGAUGGUUUUGACUCUGAAUCUGAGAGCCACAUCGUUGUCUCCUAUUGCCCAUCUAUUGUUGAAGAGGAGAUCUUGAACCCACCGGUAGAUGGAUCUCUGGGAUCUUCCCAGGUCGUUUAUAUUGAUGUCCAGACAAUGUAUCCUGCUCAAGUGAGUCCCAAAGAAGAUUUAGAAGUGGAUUGUGUAGCUGCCGCAGGCUACAAACCGCAGAUGCAGCUGCCAGUUAAUGGUUUAAGAAAAAUCGAGGGAGCCUCAUCUGUAGAAGAGGACUUGGACAAAGAGGCAGGCUAUAGACCUCAAGGGAACGGGCCCUCCUGGAGCGCGGGCUGUCCGGAUUCUCCAGUAUCCAUGGAGAGCAACAAUGAAAACGCCUCCUUUGGAAGCCCGUGUUCAGUCAAUUCUCGACAGUUUUUGAUUCCAUCCAAAGAGGACGAAGACUCCCCAAAAGUCAUUAAUCCUGGGUGGUCCUUUACUAACUUCUUUCACAACAAACCAAAUGAUUAACCGCCAUCUGAAGUUGCCCUGAGAACAGCUUCUUUGCUGGGACCUGCUUUUAUCACCCUUGGAGGCAAAUGUCCCAGAGGGUUUUAUUAUUUCAUUUCAGUGAAAUUGAAUGUUGUUUUAAUUUACAUUGGAAGUGACAAUAGUCCCUUUUAUGGGUGGCAGAAGUACUAGCUCCCUGGUUGGUAUUCUGAGUUAACCCUAUCCAAAGCCAAAGAGCAGCAGGUCAUUUCUGCUUUUGAGCAGAUGCCCUCCCUCCCCUUAGUCCUGCUGUCAGUAGAAUCUCUUUCUUGUGGCUGUUUUUAAGUUCCCCGUUUUGAAUGAAGGUUGAGGGGGAUGAUUGUAAGCCUGAUCUGUUAGCCUAAAUCCAGUUAUGUGGGUUAUUAUGUUUCAGAAUCCUAGAUCUAUAUCAAUUUAGCCAGGAUUGGGAUUUCAUUGUCUGAUCAAAUAAUAUUUAUUCCCAAUAGUUUUAAGGUUUUGGGCACCCAAACCCUGUGCAGCAUAAACACUACAUCACAUGGUGGUUUUAAGUGUACCGUACCCAAACUAACACUACAGUACUCAACAAAAACACUACCAUACCAUUAACACAACGCUAUGGUUGAUGGUUUUAAGGCACUGUUUCUCAAACUGCUCGGUAGAUGACUUUAGUCACUUGAAAUGGUUUUUUUUUUGUCUCUGAUUUUUGUGGGACACAUAGGACCCUUUCAUUUGGUUAUUUUAUUUCUGAGGAGGGCUAAACCAGUUUGAAUGGAAUUUACACCCUUGUAGAUCAUUUGCCUAAGACAGCCUCCGCUGUGGCUGUCUCCCGUGAGUUUGGUAGACAUGCCCAGGUUUGGCUAGUUUCUGUACCUGCUGUAUAUUGAUGUAUAUGCAAUAGUUUUGACUCAGGGGUGCAAAAAUGAGUGUGACACUGAUUUUCAAAGCUCAGUCAGGGAUAGAUAAAUGUUUCAAUGGCAAUUUUUAGAAGCGGAUUCAUUUGUGGAUCUUUUUAAACACAAAGUAGAAGGAAGGAAUUGACUGCUGUGCAUUGACCUGCGAUGGUCAUGGUAGGCUAGAGCCUCGUUCUACAGUUUGCUCUUUUUCCGUGAGGGGACUUUCACUGCUUCGUUUUCAAGUACAGUUCAAUAGUGUGAGCUCCACCUGCCUCUGAAGUGGUUCAGACACUCAAACAGCUUCAAGUGUAUGCCACUGCUGUGAGUCUUAUGCCUUAGGUAUAGUUGCCUGUAUUCUGCCUGGGAAACCAUGACUUUGUACCUUUGUCAGUUUCCAGGAGAAUUCAAGCAAGAUGGUUUAGCAAGUCUUCCGAACAUCAUCUUCGGCACAAAUAACGCUUAAAACCAACAGGAUAAAUUUGAACCCUUUCUGUCUACAGUCUGAGGAGAAACAUUAUCCUUGGGAAAUGUCUGUGAAUACGUUCCACAUGUGACCCUCACAUAUAGAGCCAUCACUACUACCCUGGACGUCCUUGCAAAUAUUAUCAAGUAUAACAAGUGGAGAGCAGAUUUCACUCGUGCAUGGAUGCUUUGGAAAUACUGUGUUGAAAAUUGUGGGUGUUAUCAUUGAAUGUUUCAAGUAAAGAGCUUUGAGAUACGAUCAGGUGGACUGCUGUCUUGCACACACAGGCAAAUCAGCUCUUAGCUGUAAGCUUAACAGUGUGUUCCUUCUAGUGCAAGUCUGUGACUACACACCGCUUAUGGAGCUAGCACUUUGGGAUAGACAUAAGUCUGAACUGCAAAGCUAUUAAGGUUGCCUCAUGGGGAACAACCUAUUCAACAUGCAGUACGUAGCGCAGUCUAGAAAUCAAGUUCGGGGGGGAUCACUCUUUUGGCUUCUGCAUCUCUGCUGAGCAACCUCCACGUUAGCUGAGCUGGGUUGAGAUUUUUCUUGCAAAUCGUGACACUGUCUUUUUCAGCUGCUUUCCAAGAGAAUUGAUUUCCUCACCUAUAUUCAGGUUUGCCGUAUUUGCCUGGUCAUUUCAAGAGAAGAGGGAUGGAAACUACUAGUUUUUUUAUUUCUUGCCUUCAGAGAGUGGUUUCAUUUCUGGAGUGCCUUUCAGUGUGAGAGCCUCUUCCAUUUAUUGCAUUAAGCAAAAGGGAAGGCCCUCACUCUGUUUCCAGGUUCCCUUUUUUUUCUUUUUUAAAAGAAUGCUUAUCCCUCAGUGUUUACAUUUUGUAGCCUUUUUAAAAAAAUCCUUAUUUGAGGGACUAUAGCAUUAGCUGUGAGAUCAAACAAUUCUUGAAAUCUGAAGGCAGUGCUGAUGAAUUAGGAGAGUGCCUUCCAUUUUCUAAAGCUAGUUUUAAUGUAUAUUUUGCAGGGCUUUGUACUUCCUUCUUGAGAGUAUCUAGUCUGCAGUGUGUGGCAGAGUAUUAAUCUGUAUCAAGUCAUUUGUAUCACCUUCCUAAAAGGAUUUUUUUAACCAUAUAUGCAGCGUAGUUCUUGAGCAAAAUGGCAAUUUGCAUAACCUAAGACAAAAAUGCUUACUUCCAUGUGGAUGCCUUCCAUAUCAAAUCAGUUUUCUAGGUAGAAACAAAUUCUUCCUUUCUCUCUGACAAUACUCAUGUGUUUGUUUUUCCUUCCAAGUGUUCACACCUUCAUCCUGUUCUUGGGUAACUUGUCUUACAUCAAGAGAACGGUCCAUCUCAUCCUGCUCAAGAUGUGCUGGGGAAGCAUAUUCACAAACACAUGAGUAAAAACAGCAUCGCCAAUCGAUCAGAAACGUUUUGAAACAACAUGCUGCAGCUGUGCAAACAAUGUUGUGCCAACAUGCUGUUUUUGAGGGCCAAAAUGAAAGAUGGGGAGCAGAUGCUUCUGGAGAAAAACUCAACACACCAACUACAUUUUUUUUAUCAGCUAUGACACUGGCUGUGUUCCUCCCGUGCCCCUCUCCCUUUUUGUCCCUAUAAUCCUAGACUGUUAAGAAUCAUGUACAGUGAGUCGGAAUGGCAAGACACAACACAGCCAAUUGGAUCUGGCUGCACAGCACUUGCCCCUAAGACAGACCAAGCGCUCUGUUCUGACUCGAGUCCAUCAAAACAAGGCGAUAUACCACAUAUUUUUUUUCCAGCUUCCUCAAGGGCUUUUAACAAACCACAUGAAACAUUAAUUACAUGUGCACAGUUUAGGUCGUGCCUAGAUUAACUUUGACCUAACAUUUUCUGGUAAAGUCCCACCCCACUGUCAACAACACACACACACACAAAUGUGUCAGGGAUGAGAAUGCUUCCCGGGGGGGAGGUGGACCUGUGAAACCCCCAGGUGAAGUCAAACUAUUGUUCCCAUCAUUCCUGCUAUCCAUGCUAGCUGAAUUUGAUGGGAGUCAGCAUCUGGAGUGUCAUAACCUCCUUAAACCAACUGGUUCUACUCAAAUCAAGUAUGGGGGCAGUUACCUACUGGACUAUUUUGAGACUAAAUACCACUAUACUACUUCUUAACUAGCUUGUAAGGCAUUAAAAGAUAUGGGGGGAAUGACGUAUAGGGAGCCUCCAGUCUUCCAUAUAGUCAUAUUUGUUCUUUUGGUGCUGCUACUUAGUUUUAUAAGCAUUGAUAGAAAUGUAGGUAUCUAGUUCUUUAUCUUGUCUUUUUGCAUUUAAAAUUUCGAGGGUAGCAGAGACAGCUUUUCUUAAUGCCUGAAGUGUUGGAUAGCAAGAGAAAAAAAGGAAAAGGAAUUUU